AUGUCAUGUGACUAUCACCACACAGAUCCAGAACGGGCGUACCUGGAUAUACCGGCGGCAUCUCAUCGACGCUCGCUACAGGCGUUUGAUAAGGAAGCAAUUCAAUCUCCUAGGCUUUAUAUCACCAUGUCGCAGCGAAGCAGCUACGGUAUUCCUUUGACAUGGUGUGGUCGUGGUCUUACUACUAACUUCGCCCUUACUCGCAAUGCUAACCUACUUUCCAAGUAA